AAUACCUUGUACUGAAAAAAAUAAAGAUUCAUAAUCUCAUCUUCCAUGACACUCUUCUUUUCCUUUCCAAACUACCGAGUUUUUUUUUAACAAUGUAACACGACUGCAACGUGGAACAACCGAAAAACAAGGAAACAAAGUUGCCAACUCAGUCGAGAAGUACAUGUUCGAAGCUUUUUUUAGUAACUAUUACUCCUCAAAGCACAAAAUAUUUCUCAAGUAAGAGACCUUGAACCCACCUGAUUCCAAAUCUUCUUCUCUAAAGUUUUCUCUUUUCGAUUACGCUUUACCUCAACUAAAGAGAAUCAUCUUGUCAUUAAAGCUCUUCUAUCUCAAACUUCAUCUUUUUGAAAAUACUAUUAUCAAGUCAAGAUGCUCAGCCAAAAAUAGUUCAAAGAUUUUGUUUUGAAAAUUUUAACGAAAUCAAAGUUGCAGAUAUCAGAUUUGAUGACCCUUUAACGUCAAUUUGUAGAUCGAGGUAGCUUAUUUGUUUGAAAAAGUUGCAUCUUUGAUAACCAUUUCAAGGUUUAGCUAGAAGUGAAGUUUCCAUUACAGAAGUUUAAAGCUUAGCAAAAUAAGAUGUCUUGCCCAUCAAACGGCAUCGUUUUCAAUGGAAGUCAGUGCCGCUGCCCGGUGGGGAACCUUCUGAACCGGACAACCAACCGCUGCGUUCUCUUUUCAGCUCACUCCACCAUCACCACCGACCAGGGGGUUGACUACCACGCCUUGACCUUUCCAGGGAUCACCAAUGAGAUUGAGACCAUUAGGACAUUAUUGCAGUCUCAGGCGUUGUUCUUGUAUACAACCCUGGUCAUGGUUCUCUCCUGGUUCGCAUUAUGCCUUUUCCUGAGGUUGAUGAAUCCGGGCAAUGAUGGAAAAAGCAUUUGGUUUAAGCUCAGAUGGUGGGUUAGCAGAUUGGACAUUUCCUUUGCCACCAGUCAUUGGCUGGAUGAUCAGAAGGUGGUUAAGAAGCGGAAAACAGAACUUGGUGGCACUUUCUCAAUAGCUAGUUGGACAAUCUUCAUUGGUUUAUUUGCUGCGUUGCUUUUCGAAAUCAUAUCCAGGAAUACCAUUGAGGUGCAUAGCGUCAGAGCAACCAAUAGACCCGACUUGGCUUCAUUUGUUAAUGACAUGGAAUUCAAUAUUACCACUUUAUCAAGUAUGAGUUGUUCAAACUUAAGAGACCUUGGUACUUUAGUUACUGGAAAUCCUGGCUCUAUUGACUAUAAAAGUGUUCCACUGUCAAACUUUGGAAACUACUCUUGUAAAAACACCAGUGAAGGACCAACCGUUAUUCUCAAGUGUGAUGGAUGUCAACCCAUUAGUGACAAUUUAUACAUCUCCUGGCACUUUGUUGAUCUACCGAACAAUCCUGCAACUGCUGUUGGAUUUCAGUUCAACCUUACUACGAGGAGUCAUGCCAACAAGAGACAUGUGAGUUUUGUUAGUGGAAUAGUAAAGAAUGGGAGUACUUUUAAUGACAGACCUGUGACUUUUAGAGGAAGGGAUACAAAUAUACUGAAGUUCAGUUUAUUUCCCAAAAUUUACCAUAAUCUAGAGGAUCUAAGGCUCAUCCAACCUCUCUUUCAUGCGUUUGUGCCUGGUUCUCAUUUUACUGACACAAAUCAGCUGCAAACAUCUCUAGCUAGCUCCAGUGAUGGAACACUCAACACCACUUUGUAUAUCAACUUUCUUUCUUCCUACAUUGUUGAAAUCGAUGAUCUAAGAGCUACCGGUUUGGUGAGCUUCCUUGCAAAUCUUGGUGGCUUGUAUUGCAUCAGUAUUGGCAUUUUUUUCUUCUUACUAGUUCAAUUUGAAUGUAGAAUAAAAAAGCUUCGCCAUGAAGAUAGCACGUUAAGAAUGAUUAGAAAUCGGAAAAAAACACUAGAACGCUGGGAAAAGUUGAGGAAAUAUGUGAUGUACACAUGGGGCUUUAGCAUAUUAGAUGAUGACCACGACAACAAGAAAAAUGGAUCAUGUUGCAGUGGUGAUAUGCUAAAAUCUAUCAGCGGAAAAGGAUCAUCACAAAAACAUAGGCAACAGAGCAGAACAGAUUCUAAGAUUCCUGCUCCAAAUCAUUCCCACACUAGUAGAACCAAGUCUCUGAUACCAGGAACUGCUUUGAGUCUUGAAGAGAAGUCAGACUCUCGGGGUGAACACUCACAGAAACAUGAGGAAGAACAACAAUCCAGUGGAUCAUGCAAGGAAAGUUCAUCCCAACUUGUUUCAUUCUCUUUAUCUCAUGCCAACAUUCCUCUACCACCUACCUUAGAUUUGAAGGAUUCUUCAGAAAUGGAUAUGUCUGAUGUUCAAAAGAAUCUCAAAUGUUUGUACGAGUACAAUGUCAUGCUGAGGGAGAAAUUUUUAUCUGUGCAAUCUACGCUUCAUGAGUUAGCAACAAAGUCCUUGCCUCAUGCAAAUGAUGACAUUCCUAACACCUCAUAGUUUUUCAAGCAAGUGUGAGUAUGCAUCAGUCUACAUUGCCCACGUUCCAAGUUUCUGUCAGAUUUUGCAUGAAACUCUUUUGGUCAGUUCUACUGGGAGAAUCAAAUGACAUGCACAGAGUCACUGUUGUAUUCAAGGCUUGGCUUCAUCUUAGAUGAGCAAUAACGUUAUGUUUCUGACAUGCUUAGGGGAAGUGUUGCCAACCUUUCCAAAAUUGUUGUUGGGAAGGUUCAAAGGUGUCACUUCCCUUAGGAUUGAUGGAAUUGGACCUUCCAAUUGAUUGAAGCUCAAAUCUAAUUUCAGGGAAACUAGGCAAUUCUAUUGACGAAUUUGCAGCUUUCCACUGAUAUUCACGAGUUUGAAUCAGAAGAUAGUUCAUCCCAUAGCCAAGUAGGAUUGGUUUCGGAAGUCGAAGUACUAGAAAUGCCAAGCUGAGCUCAUAAGUAGCUCUUCUGAGUGCGACUCCAAUCAGUAUGGAUGUUCACAAGUCAGAAGCAAAAUCAAAGUACUUAAACUGGAACAGCUUUGAGAAAUGGGAUGAAGAAAUCACAACCUCUCAUAGCAUAAAACUCUGUGUGUAGCUCUGAGAAGUUUCCAACAUAUAAUCUCUGGCACUGCUCCAUUUAGGUGGCUUUCAGUAAGAUUCAAAGAUUUCAGCCAUGGAGACUUUUGUAACAUCAGGGCAUGGCCUCAUAGUCAUUUAGCUGACUGUGCAUCAACACCAAGAAUUGUUGUGGUCAAAACCGGCGAACAAUAGGUGGGCAGGGCAGCUUUCCUUUUCUCUUGUUUGAAGCAAGACUACAAGUGGACACAUUAUACAGCUGUUGAGAAUGUUGUGUUUGUGUACCAUAUUUUUUCUGAAAAUCGUCGAGAGAGACAAGUUCUAUUUGUCUUUUUCAACCUCAUUGCAUAUUGGAACUGUCGAAAGAAUUUAUUGAUUUAAAAAAGAAAAAUAUAUAUUUUAUUGACAAUUCA